AUUUGUUUCAUUCUUCUCUAGCCUAGCUAUUUAAAAUCAAAGUGUAGGUUUGCUUAUUUUUGUUGUUAGGGCGGGUUAGGUGAGAAGAAGGCGCCCAUUCUCCCAGCACUAGCGCUAUGGCCAGGAAGAAGAUCCGUGAGUACGACUCCAAGCGCUUGCUCAAGCAGCACCUCAAGCGACUGGCGAGCAUCGAUUUGGCGCUCCAUUCCGCGCAGGUGACUCAAGAGACCGAUUUUGACGCCUUGGCUGACAAGGAACCAUGGCUCAAUUCGACCAGGCUCGUCGUGAAACCAGACAUGCUGUUUGGCAAGCGUGGAAAGAGUGGACUGGUGGCUUUAAACUUGGACUUGGCCGGAGUCGAGGCUUUUGUCAAGGAAAGGCUGGGCAGGGAGGUUGAGAUGGACGGAACCAAAGCGCCCAUCACAACUUUCAUUGUGGAACCGUUUAUUCCACACGACAGUGAGUUCUACCUUUCGCUGGUGUCACAUCGUCUUGGUGUGGAGAUUAGUUUUUCUGAGUGUGGAGGCAUCGAGAUCGAGGAAAACUGGGAAAAGGUCAAGACGGUUUUCGUGCCUACAGAACAGCCUUUGACUGCGGAAACUUGUGCACCGCUCAUUGCCACGCUUCCAUUAGAGAUUCGUGGCAAGAUUGAGACGUUCAUAAGGGGAGUUUUUAGCGUCUUUGAAGACUUGGACUUCUCUCUGAUCGAGAUGAAUCCCUUCACUUUGGUGAAUGGCGAACCGUAUCCUCUGGACAUGCGUGGAGAGUUGGAUGACACAGCUCUCUUCAAAAACUUCCAGAAGUGGGGCAAUGUGGAAUUUCCAGUUCCAUUUGGCAGAGUGAUGACACCUGCUGAGGAGUCAAUCCACAAGAUGGAUGAAAAGACUGGUGCGUCUUUAAAGCUGACAAUACUAAAUCCGAAAGGUCGCAUUUGGACAAUGGUCGCUGGCGGUGGCGCGAGUGUGAUCUAUGCCGACACAGUUGGUGACCUCGGUUAUGCUCACGAGCUGGGAAACUACGCCGAGUACAGUGGAGCGCCAAGCGAGGAGGAGACUCUACACUAUGCUCGUGCUUUAAUUGACUGCGUCACUGCGAACCCAGACGGACGUCGCAGAGCUUUGCUCAUCGGUGGCGGCAUAGCCAACUUCACCGAUGUCGCUGCAACGUUUAAUGGUAUCAUCCGCGCGCUCCGCGAGAAGGAAUCCCAGCUGAAAGUGGCAAAGGUGCACAUAUUCGUGAGGCGAGGGGGCCCAAACUACCAGAAAGGCCUGGAAAGGAUGAGAACACUUGGCAGGGAUAUUGGCAUCCCGAUCGAAGUUUUUGGACCCGAGGCAAGCAUGACUGGCAUUUGUAGAAACGCGAUCGAUUACAUCCGAGUUGCUGCGUGAUUUGGAUUGAUCCACUGGAAGAAGGAUUCUCGCUCGAGCCUGGAGAUUUACAAUAAAAGAAGAAAACGGGAAAAGGAAGCGUCAAAUCGAUGCAAAUUUCUCAACCAAUUCGAGAGACGUGGACGUAUUAUACGGUGGAUUCUACUUACAUACCAUUUGCUCUUUCACCUUUCACUGUUUGAAAUAAAGUUAAACCCCUUUUAACC